GUCAGUUGUCAUUUCGCCAUCCGUAGUCCCGAUUUUCAAAAAUACUAUAAUUUAGUGAUAAAAAUGUAUAGAUUUACAAACCAUUUAGCAAAUCCUAGCCUAGUCUUGGUACGAAAACAAAUUGGUGACUCAUCAUGCGCUGCACUAAUCGUGAUGCGAGGUCCGCAGCGACAGUACUCUAGCCAGCACGGCUCAGACAAGCCCAAGUCCAGAAAACUCUUAUGGAGUACAGUUGGUGCUACGAUGCUCACCGGAGCCGCUGUUGUUUAUGCUAAAGAAAAUCCAGAAGUGCGCAAAUGGCUCCGUUCGAAUGCACCAUGGGCUGACGACUUUGUCGCUCUAGUUUAUCAGGAGAACAACUCAUUCCCGGGUAAACAGCUUGGGGAGUUGACAGCCUCUAUUAACGACAUGAUAUUUGGAAAGGAAAAACCCGCUCCUGAAAUUCCAUCAAAAUUAAAAAUGGCAAUUGACAAAGACACAAAAAAUGCUGCUAAAAAGAUUGAAAAAUCUAAAAAUGAGGAAAGAGCUGCGGUCGCACCACCAUUAGAACCGUUGAGAGAAGAAAAGAAAGUUGAAAAACCACCCGUUGUUACACAACAAGCUGCUCCAACAAAAUCGGAAAAACCACAAUCAUCAGGAGGAAUAAAAAUAACGAAGGAUUUAGUGGAGUUGGAACACGACAUGCACGAGAAUACAAAAUUGGCUCUAGAGAACUACAAGAAGGCUACAAGAUACUGUACAGAUUAUACUGCUGCACUUUUCAAGAUCGUAGAAACGUCAGUGGAGGAUCUAGACAAAAGGCACUUCGCGGCGCUACAGAACGCUAUAAAAGAGCGAGAUAGCGCGAUAAAAGUCGCCAAGGACGCCGCUCACAAAGCCAAGUGUGCUAUAGACACGAUAGAUCGUAUGAUCGCAGCGGGCGUGCAGGCUCCGGAGCAGAGUUUGGCCGCUACGGGCAAAUACAUAAAGCAGUUCAGACAUGACAUACAGACGGCUGAAUCCGUAUAUAGAGAGUGCGAGGAUAAAGCCAUACUGAGCGACAGAUUUUGGAAUAAGGUGGAAGCAGCCCGCAACGCUUACAGAGAGGAGCUGCAAAUGCUCUUCCCUGGCGUAGACCUCACCGCGCGGAAACUCAACGUGGGCGGCGACACCGACCUCCUGCUCGUGUAUAUGCAGAAACAGGUUCAAUUCUUACAAAACGAGUUGGCCGAACUUCAGACAUUGCGGGACAUGAAAGUCAGCAGAGCUAUUGAAUCACAUGACGAAAAAGCUUUGAUCGAUGCAAAAGUUGAAGAAAUACUAAAGAGGGAGAGAUUGGCCAAGGAGAGGGAAUACCAACUAAAGACGUUAGAAGCACAAGCGGAAGCGAACAGAACUCUGAAGGAGCAGCUGAAGAAACAGUUCGAGAUACAACAGGAGGUGCUGCAGGAGAAACUCAAGAAUAAGGAGAAGGAGGUGAUGGGCAAAUACAGUCGCGCUGUGUCGGAGCAGUUAGAGCGGGAACGAGUACAGUUCAAGGCGGAGCUGGCCGCCAUGUCGGGGAAACUGCAGGCCAUACAGCAGACACUUAAAGAGCGUAGCCUCGCGGAGGCGGCGGCGCGGCGCUGUGUGUCGCUGUGGUCGGCGGCAGAGGCGCUGCUCGCGGCCACGCGCGAUGCUGCCGACGUCACACCUGUCGCCGAGCAGCUCAAGGCGCUGGAGAAGGCCGCGAAGGAUGACCAGCUGGUAGCUACAGUGGUGAAGGGUAUACCGCGCGAGGUGGUCGAGAGCGGCAUCUACACUGAGAAGGCGUUGAAAGAGAAGUUUGAUGUGUUGGAGCGUACGGCGACGAAGGUGGCCCUGGUGGGUCGCGACGGCGCCAGCCUGCCUGUCUACUUCCUGUCCUGGCUGCAGUCCAAGCUGCUGUUCCUAAAGUUCUCCGAAAUACCGAAAGACGAGCUCGAUAACCAGGCGACGGACUUUUCGCAGCUCGACACAUACGACAUCCUGCAGCGGGCGAGAUACCACAUGGACCGUGGCAACCUGCCCGCCUGCCUGCGCUACGUGAACCUGCUGAGCGGAGCGCCGCGCGCCGCCGCCGAGGGCUGGGCCGCCGCCGCGCGUGCGCAUCUAGAGGUGGCGCAGGCCGCGCGGGCGGUUAUGGCGCACGCGUCAGUGUCCGGGCUACUGUAUCUCUAGACUGCAACUUAAAAUCGUUAGAAACUUUUAAAUGUGCGGUUAAAAUUUAUUUAUUUCGAUACCGAUGAAGGAAUGAAAAUCUAAAUAUCUGCCCGGGCGCGCACUAGCGGCCAGCUCGCGG